AUGGCAAAAUUAGUCAUUAUCGGCGCCGGCUUCGCUGGCGUCUGGAGUGCCCUUUCAGCCAAACGUCUGGCAGCACUUCUGAACAAGGAAAGCAGCUUGGAGAUCCAAGUCAUCGCUCCAGAGCCAUGCCUGGUCAUGCGUCCACGACUCUACGAAGCCAACCCAUUCGAAAUGGUUCACCCCCUUGGUCCCAUCUUCCAGGAAGCAAAAAUAUCUUUCUUCCAGGGCAUUGUUCAGGCCAUUGAUACCAAAACGAACACGAUUCAUGCGCGAUCCAUCGGGGGAGUCGAAUCAACAAUCACAUACGACCGCCUGAUUCUAGCCGCCGGAAGCUCCGUCGUGCACCCCCAUGGAAUUGCUGGCAUCAAACAGAAUGCCUUCGACGUCGAUUCCUUAGCAUCGGCUGGGAGACUUGAUGCCCACCUUCAGAGCCUUACUUCCCUUCCGCCAAGCCCAUCACGCGAUACUAUCGUUGUAUGCGGCGCGGGAUUCACAGGCAUUGAAGCUGCAGCCGAGUUGCCUAAACGCCUCAGUCAUAUCCAAAACGCCCGUAUCAUCUUGGUCAGCAGUGCAGGUCAGGUCGGCCCCGAGUUCGCAUCGAACUCUCGCUCUGUUAUCACGCAAGCUUUGACCGAGCUCGGAGUUGAGCUGAAGCUUGGGUCUGCCGUCACAGCCAUCGAUGCAGACGGCGUAACACUUGCGUCUGGGGAGCAUAUUCCAGCAAAGACUGCAAUCUGGACAGCGGGCGUUCGGGCUACACCUUUGACACAGCAAAUCCCCGGUGAGAAGGAUAAUCUCGACCGCCUUCGUGUCGACCAGCAUCUACGCGUGCCAUCGGUCGAUAAUGUGUAUGCCACUGGCGAUGCUGCUUGUGCCUAUGCCGAUGCGGAAAGGAAGCAUUAUGUGCUGAUGAGCUGCCAGCACGCUCUUUCCCUUGGUCGCGUGUCGGGACACAAUGCCGCAGCUGAUCUCCUUGGGGAGCCUUUGGUGGAUUAUCAACAGGCUGCGUAUAAUUGCUGUCUGGACCUUGGUGGCUGGGGUGCUGUUAUUUCCGCGGGAUGGAAUAGGGAGCUUAGUCUCUCCGGAGCUCAGGCAAAGAAAAUCAAGUGCUAUAUCAAUCAGCAGCUGAUCUACCCACCUAGUGGCCUGAAAGAGGCGCUGGCUCAAGCGAACCCGAUCUUGCCAGACUCGGACGAGCUAUUCAGGCAGAUGCAGGAAUCUGUUGCAUAA